AUGUCGGUGACCGUUCAUGAGAAUCGCAAGUCCCGCACCAGCACAGGUUCCAUGAACAUCUCACUGUUCCACAAGGCCUCCCAUCCGGACAGUGUCCUGACCCACCUGAACACCAUGAGGAAACAGUGCAUGUUCACCGACGUCACCCUGUGGGCUGGAGACCGCUCCUUCCCCUGCCACAGGGCGGUGUUGGCCGCCUGCAGCCGAUACUUUGAGGCCAUGUUCAGCGGAGGCCUACGAGAGAGUAUGGACCACGACGUCAACUUCAGAGACAGUAUACAUCCAGAGGUGUUGGAGCUGCUUCUGGACUUUGCCUACUCUUCUCGUCUCAUCAUAAAUGAGGAGAAUGCUGAGUCUCUGUUGGAGGCUGGAGACAUGCUGCAGUUCCACGACAUCAGAGACGCAGCAGCAGAGUUCCUGGAAAAGAACCUGCACUCCUCCAACUGUCUGGGAAUGAUGUUAUUAUCAGACGCACACCAGUGUAAACGACUGUAUGAGCUGUCCUGGAGGAUGUGUCUGCUGCACUACGAGACGGUGCGACAGUCUGAGGACUUCUACAGUCUGUCCAAAGACAAACUAUUGGAACUGAUCCUCAGUGACGAGCUGGAGAUAGAAGACGAACAGGUGGUGUUUAACUCAGUGAUGCGCUGGGUGCGUUACGACCUGGAGGGGCGGCGCCAUCAUCUGCCGGAGCUGUUGAGGGGCAUCCGAUUGGCUCUGCUGCCGUCCGAGUGUCUGCUGGAGGGCGUGGCCUGUGAGGAGCUGGUUAUGGCCGACAAGAGGAACAGAUCCAUAGUAGAGGAGGCCAUGCAGUGUAAGAAGAAGAUCCACCAGAAUGACGGCGUGGUGACCAGUCCGUGUGCACGACCACGUAAAGCAGGACACACGCUGCUGAUCCUGGGAGGACAGACCUUCAUGUGUGACAAGAUCUACCAGGUGGACCAUAAGGCCCAGGAGAUCAUCCCUAAAGCGGACCUGCCCAGUCCCAGGAAGGAGUUCAGCGCCUGCGCCAUCGGCUGUAAGGUCUACGUGACGGGGGGGCGGGGCUCCGAGAACGGCGUGUCCAAAGAUGUGUGGAUCUACGACACGGUCCACGAGGAGUGGUCUAAGGGAGCCCCCAUGCUGAUUGCAAGGUUUGGUCAUGGCUGUGCAGAGCUGGAGAACAGUCUGUAUGUAGUUGGAGGACACACAGCCAUAGCAGGAGUGUUCCCUGCAUCACCUUCUGUGUCACUGAAACAGGUGGAGCGCUAUGACCCUGUCAGUAAUAAAUGGACCAUGAUGGCUCCUCUCAGAGAUGGAGUCAGUAAUGCAGCGGUGGUCAGCGCCAAACUGAAACUGUUUGUGUUCGGAGGAACCAGCAUCCACCGAGACAAGGCCUCUAAGGUUCAGUGCUACAACCCAGUGGGGAACCGUUGGACCAUCGCCGCUGAAUGCCCUCAGCCGUGGCGCUACACCGCCGCCGCCGUGUUGGGGAGCCAGAUUUUCAUUAUGGGCGGGGACACCGAGUUCACGGCGGCGUCCGCGUACCGCUUCGACUGCGACACCAACCAGUGGACGCGAGUGGGCGACAUGACGUCCAAACGUAUGAGCUGCCACGCCGUGGCCUCAGGGAACAAGCUGUACGUGGUGGGGGGGUACUUUGGCACCCAGAGGUGUAAGACCCUGGACUGUUACGACCCCACCUCCGACAGCUGGAACUCCAUCACCACCGUGCCUUACUCGCUGAUACCCACCGCCUUCGUCAGCACAUGGAAACACCUCCCCGCAUAACGCCACACAGCACACAGAUGUUCACAGAUCGUCUCAGUGUCCUGCUUCCACACUGGACUCAGACCGACACACAGACCCAGAACACACUGAAGACACUGAUUCCAGCCUGGGGGGGUGGGGGGGUGAGCCCUGAACAAUGUGAUCCUCCUCAAACACACGUUGACUGGACUGUUUGGACUCUGGUGGACUCUGAUGGACCCUGAUGGACCCUGUUGGACUCUGAUGGACUCUGGUGGACCCUGUUGGACCCUGAAGGACUCUGAUGGACCCCAUCACAUUGUUUACGUACAUGGACGUAUGCGAGUUUGUGUGACAGAUGGAAGCUGUCUGUAGUCCUGAAUCCAGUCCUCAUCUGGUCCUGUCCUUCAGGCACAAGGUCCAAGUUGUCCCACUGCUGGUUCCAGAUGUGGACGUGGUUCUGCUGGACCCUGACAGUCUGGUCCUCCUGGUCCUUCUGGUCCCAGUCCAGGUUAAAUGAGCUCACAGACAGUAUUUGACUUGAGGAUCUUCUGGAUCAUAUGACCAGAAAUGAUUUUAAAAAUCAUAUUGAUUAUUAGUAAUUGUCAAUGAUUCUAUAAAUAUUUACAAAAAGUCUUUUUUUUUUUUGAGCCAGAUGGGUUUUAGUUUUUAAUCAUUGUCUUCAUGAAUAGGACUAAUAUUUACCAAAAAGCAGAACAUUUCACAAAUAUAGACGGAGAACUUUAAAACGAUUGUAACGUUUAUGUGGAAGUUGAACCAAUAAUUAAUCACAUCCAAUGAACUAAAGCAACAAAACAGUCAACGAAAAGCACAUGUUUGGACUGACGACGGAACCCAAAGGAACGGUCCAGACACAUGGAGACGGAUCAGAUCUGAACCUGUUCACAGGUCCACACGCAACCAGGGGGGAUUCUGAUGCAGGUCCGGAUUUGAAUCCAUCUGGAUCAAUAACUAGACCCAUCAAUAACUAGACUGAUCAAUAACUGCACCGAUCAAUAACUAGACCGAUCAAUAACUGCACUGAUCAGAAAGCAACAUUUAUAUGAAAGCCCAGAUUAGUGUGAAAAUACAAACAGGAUGGACAGUCCACAAAAAGAGGGUUUGAAUCAGUGAACCAGUCAUUUGUCCUGGUUAAAUAAAGGUUAUUAUUAUUAUUAUUAGUAUUAUUAUUAUUAUUAUUAUUAUUAUUAUUAUUAUUAUUACUAGCAUCAUUGUACCUGUGGUGCCAUAGCGCCCUCCUGUGGUGCAACAGCAGCAGUACACCCAAACGCCCUCCUGUGUCCUGUGCUGCAACAUCAAUGGGACAGACACAGGGCGGGGCCAAAAUGUGCAUUAUAUAGUAUUAUUAUUAUUAUUAUUAUUAUUAUUAUUAUUAUUGGUCUUCCAGCUGUUGUUGAACCAACAGCGUUUGUUCAAACGUGUCUGAUUCUGUGUCUUCACUGACUUCACUGUGUUUGUUUAUUAUUGACUGUUUGAUAAAAGUCUGUUCACUUUAUUUUCUAAUGUGGUCCAGUCCAGUUUAGUCCAGUCCAGUCCAGUCCAGUUGAGUCCAGUCCAGUUUAGUCCAGUUCAGUCCAGUCCAGUUUAGUCCAGUCCAGUUUAGUCCAGUUCAGUCCAGUCCAGUCCAGUUUAGUCCAGUUCAGUUUAGUCCAGUCCAGUUUAGUCCAGUUUAGUCCAGUUUAGUCCAGCCCCCCCCCCCUCUCAAAUUUGCAGAAAAAUGACUUGUCUAAGUUCAUGAAGUUUGAAAAUAUCGAAUGUAGGACGUUUUGGACUUGGACGUUUCGGCCUAGGACGUUCCGGACUAGGACGUUUCGGACUGCACUUUUUGCAGAGUAGGACUUUUCGGACAAAUCAUAUUUUCAAAAACAAACACCACUGAAGAACACCUUCAGCAUCUGGCAUCUGAUACCUGGUGUAUGGAUGGGACAUUUGCUGCUGCCCCUCGUCUCUUCUAUCAGCUGUACGUUAUCCAAGGAGAGGUCAACGGUGUGUUUCUACCCUUCGCGUAUGCUCUGCUUCAACGGAAGACACAGACCACGUAUGAAGAAAUGCUUUGUGUCUUGGCAGCAGCUGGUUGUGACCCCUCUAUACUGAUUGUGGACUUUGAGUGUGGUGUUGAGCUUGCUCUUCAUCAUGUCUUUGGUGAGCAAGUUACAAUCCAGUAUUGUUUCUAUCACCUAACACAGUCAAUCUGGCGGAAGAUUCAGUCUUUGGGUCUUUCCAACCUGUAUGAGGCAGAUAAUGACUUUUGUGUGUUCUGUGGUCAGCUAGAUGCCCUUGCCUUUCUGCCUGUUGGGGAGGUUGCUGAUGGCAUGGCUCAUUUGAGGGACACCGCACCAGAUCAGGCCCUUCCACUACUAGAGUACUUCGAUACUACCUAUGUCACAGGGCAGCUUCGGCAACGGAAGGCACAACCAGGUUCACUACAAGUCCGCAUCUGUCGAAGUCCUCCAGCUUUUCCACCUGAACGUUGGAAUAUGCAUGCCAGAUGCUGAAGGUGUUCUUCAGUGGUGUUUGUUUUUGAAAAUAUGAUUUGUCCGAAAAGUCCUACUCUGCAAAAAGUGCAGUCCGAAACAUCCUAGUCCGGAACGUCCUAGACCGAAACGUCCAAGUCCGAAACGUCCGUCCACCGAAAAUAUCAAAGUUCUGUCAAAGGCCUCUGACAAACACAGACUGGAUGUUGGAUCUGUCUGUCUGUCUGUUUGUCUGUCUGUUUGUUUGUCUGUUUGUUUGUCUGUCUGUUUCUCUGUCUGUCUGUCUGUUUGUUUGUCUGUUUGUUUGUCUGUCUGUUUCU